UAUUUUCCCGCAGGUGAUCGUUGAAGUUCGAAAGCUAUAUUCGGUUGCCAACUCGCGAAUCUUCGUAGUACGAGUGAAAAAGUGAAAGCGCAGUGCUAAUAGAAGAAAGUUGAAUGAGAUGGCUCCUCCUGCGAAGUUGCUAGAUGGCCUGGAACCCAAUUGUCAACAUCUUGUCGAAAAUCCCUCGGACGAGCAGAUUUUCAAAAUCGAUGAUCUUCAGGCGGAUGGAGUCACCGGAGGAGAAAACGACGCUGGCGGUCCUGCACCAUCGGGUGAUGUAGUGUCGAAUUCUCAUGAAAAUGAGGUUCCUAUCGGAAAUGACGUCGGGAAUGUAUCGAACGGAAUGCAAAGAGAUGGUGCUCUUCGUGCGCCUUCUGGGAUGGGACCGAGAAAGAGAAAAGUGCUGCAUGAAAGUGUCCCCAAUGUUCCUGAGCUCGGAUUCCGAGCCAUGAUUUUUUACAAUUUCAUGCGUGGGUUGAACUCCGUGGAUUGUGAAACUGAGAUGAAGGAACUUUUCGGUGAUGAAGCUCCACCAAUGAGUACUAUUCAAAAAUGGUUCCUGCGGUUUGAAGCCGGGGAUUUCAACCUCGAUGAUCUCGAUGCGCAUGAAAUCGAAGGAGAAAACUGUGCUGGAGGAAAUCGUGCUUCAUCAGAUGAUGCGGUACCGAAUUCCCGUGAAAAUGCGGUCGUGAAUGCAUCGAACGGACGGCAAAGAGAUAUUGCUCUCCGUGCGCCUUGUGGGAGUCCGGUGUCGCCCAUUUCUUUGAAGCGGGAAAAUUACCUGUCUUGGGAAGAGUACUUCAUGUCGAUGACGUUUUUGUCCGCAAUGCGAAGCAAAGACCCGGUUUCCCAAGUAGGAGCUUGCAUCGUGAAUCCGGAAAAUAAAAUCGUUGGGAUCGGGUACAACGGAAUGCCAAACGGCUGCAGCGAUGAUUUGAUGCCCUGGGGUAAAGACCCCAAUGACCCUUUGAAUAAUAAGCAUUUGUAUGUUGUUCAUGCUGAGCAGAACGCAAUUAUGAACAAGAAUACGUACGACGUCAAAGGCUGCACCAUUUACGUGGCGCUUUUUCCUUGUAACGAAUGUGCCAAACUGAUUAUUCAGUCAGGGAUCAAGUCGGUGAUAUAUUUUUCGGAUAAGCAUGCGGACAAGGUACCAACUAUGGCAGCGAAGCUGAUGUUCGAUCAUAUCGGCUUGCCAUAUCGAAAAUUCAAUCCGAAGCGCAGGAAAGUGACGAUCGACUUCGAAGCCAUAAACCGGAUGGGACCGAGAAAGAGAAAAGUGCUGCUUAAGAGUUUCCCCACUGUUUCUGACCGCGAAUACCGAGCGAUCUUUUUCUACAAUUUCAUGCGUGGGUUGAACUCCGUGGAUUGUGAAACUGAGAUGAAGGAACUUUUCGGUGAUGAAGCUCCAUCAAUGAGUACUAUUCAAAAAUGGUACCAGCGAUUUAAAGCCGGGGAUUUCAACCUCGAUGAUGAGCCACGUGCACCGAAACCGAGUUGUACUGAAAACGUUGAGCGUGUGCGUGGAUUGCUCGAAGAUAAUAAGCGAGUGACCAUCAGGAAAAUAGCUGAUGAACUCAACCUCACUUUUAAUGACGUCCAAAAGAUUAUCCAACGAGAUCUUGGCUUCACCAAAAGAUCCUCGAGCUGGGUCCCGAACAAAAAGAGAUCCAGGACGAAGAAACCGGAUCAUGAUCCGGCAGAAGAAGUAAUCCCUGCCAUUGUUGAUGACCUAUCACCGUUGGUCGAUCCUUUGAACAUUUUUACCCAAUUCUUGGAGUGUUCCACGUCGGAAUAA